AAGCUCUCCGUCCCCUUCUCCGUUCCUCUUCUUCUUCGCUGUUUAAUUUAAAUGGAAUCUCGGCCUUGAUGUUUUCAUAGACUUCCUCUUUUUUGCGCGUUCUAUUUUAUUUUUAUGAUGAUUUUUAGCUCUUAGGAAGCUCAAAGAUUGCUUCUUUUUUGUUUUUGUUCCUUUUUAUUUGAUAUCUCAUUGUCCCUCAUGUCUCCUCUGCUCUUUUUUUGCGAUUUAUCUGUGUACUUUUUUCUUUAGAAUUUGAAUGCUAUAGGAAUCCACGUUUCGGGUUUCGAGUAGGUCGGAAAAAAAGAUCAAACCUUUGAGAGAAAAGGUAGCUUUUUGGUCGAAAUUUGUGAUACUUAUCUGUUCUUUUGAUCUACGGUUCGUUUGUUGAUCCUCAAAUGGAAGAAGAGGCAGCGGAGCGGGAGAGGGAGCUACCCUCGUCGGUUAUCGACAGAUUUCCGAGAGACUUGCUCCGCAGAUUGGACGGAAACAGCUGCUUUGGCGAGCAGCUUGAGGUGCCAGGACGGGAGUCCGGCGAGGUCGAGCUCAACCUCGGCCUCUCCCUAGGCGGAUGCUUCGGAACGGACUCGAAGGCCAAGAAGCUGGUUCGGUCGUCGUCCAUCGCCGCCUUCUCCUCACCGCAGAGGGAGCACGAGUUCCCUGUGAUGACCACGGCCCUCGUGAGGACGAACUCGUUGCCGGCUGAGACGGAGGAGGAGAGGAGGAAGCGGAAGGAGCUGCAGAGCCUGAAGAGGUUCGAGGCGAAGAGGAAGAGGUUGGAGAAGAGAAAUUGCAUCAAACCAGACGCUUCGAGAUCAGAUGAGGAUGCGGAUGGAAGGAAAAGCUUGAUAACGCCAAAUAUGAUCAAUGGCCGCCUCAAGCCUCUGAAGGGGAAAGAAUUCCGAGGAGUGUUCGGUGCUGCUACUCCUUCCGAGCUACUUGCAUGGGCGGCAGGGUCUAAAAGCACGGCUGCAUCACCACCGGUAGAUGUGACAGGGUGUUUGCCACCAAUCCCACAUGGCUCUGUUCGGGCCAGCGGCAGUUCCUACGGCGUGUUUGAAUUCAAGAGGAAGACGCCAGCCCAAGGGUUCGAUCUGUCUCUUUUUAUUCGUGACAUAGAUGAUACGAAGAACGCCUCUUCAGCUCAUUCAGAUUCUAUUCGUAAUGCCACAAGUUCGACUUCUACUUUGGAAGUCAGGAAACCUAUUACUGUUGUUGGAGAGGAAGACUCAUUGAAGAACUUUGCAACUGAUGGUGUGAAUCGAGGGAGGAACAUGGUGGGUGAGAUGCCAUGUGUUUCCACCAGGGGAGAUGGUCCAAAUGGGAGAAAGAUCGAGGGAUUCCUCUACAAAUACAGGAAGGGAGAAGAGGUAAGGAUAGUGUGUGUCUGCCAUGGCACCUUCCUCACCCCGGCCGAGUUUGUCAAGCAUGCUGGGGGUGGUGAUGUUUCCCACCCUCUGAGGCACAUCGUCGUCAAUCCCUCUCCGUCCGCAACCUCAUCAUAAUAUCUUUUCUUCUCUUUUCUUCCAUGGAAGAGUGCAUUUCUCUUCGUCUCCUACUAGAGUUUGGGCCAGUUUUCUACUAAAGAUGAAUGAGAAAUUGCACAUGCACUUCAUAGUUGUGAUUCUCUUUUUUUCUCUUCCUACCUUGCUUCUUAAGGUGAUGAAGGUGUUUGCUACUGGGAGAUUAUGGAUAAUUACUUGGCCUUUGCGGCUCAUCUAUGAGUUCUACUC